AUGGCCAGCAUGGCUCAUCUUGUCCCCAAGUUCGGCUCAGAGAAGCCAGGGUACGAGUCACCUUCAGUCACCUUGGAAGAAGCCUCCGGGAAAGGCCAUUCCAUGAUGUUCAGCAAGAGUCCUCAGUUUGACGAGAGUCGAGUUGCAGCAUCAGAGUCUGGCCCGAUUGGCUUUGUGCCUUCAUCGCCCGAAGAGGCGGAGCUUAGUCGUCGAGUUAAUCGCAAAAUGGACUUUGCCAUGUUGCCUUUGUUGUCCCUGGUAUACCUAUUCAACGGUCUUGAUAAGGGCAAUAUCGGUAAUGCUGAAACCCAAGGGUUUACAAAGGCUAUUGGAGCUGAACCAGCAGAUCUCAAUUUAGCUGUGUCGCUCUUCUUUAUUACAUUUGUUCUCUUUCAGCCCCCCUCCGCUGCCAUGGGUAGAUGGGUAGGACCUCAGAACUGGAUCCCGUUUUUGGCGUUCUCUUGGGGGGCCUUAACCAUCGGGCAAGCAUUUAUUAAAGGACGAGGCUCGUUGAUUGCGAUUCGUCUUGUGAUUGGGCUUUUUGAAGCAGGAUUUUACCCGACGUGUGUCUCUUACCUGUCUUUCUUCUACGGACGAUUCGACUUGGCAGUAAGAGUGGCCAUUUUCUAUGGCCAAUAUGCGAUUGCUGGAGCAUUCUCUGGCGCCAUCUCGUUUGGUGUGUUUCAUCUAAAAAGUGGUAAAUUGCUCAAUUGGCAGUAUCUAUUUGUCAUUGAGGGCAGUCUUACAUGUUCUGUUGCAAUCUUAGCAUGGUUUUUACUUCCCAAAGGUCCAGGUUCCGCAUGGUUUCUCAAGCAAGAAGAACGCGAAUUUGCUGCAGAACGCAUGCGACACGAUACUGCACUAUUUGUUCAGCAUGAAUAUGGCAAAGAUGGCAUGGAGAAAGACAGACUCUCAAGACGCGAUGCUAUCGAGGCCGUGAAGGACUGGAAAUUUUACGGCGUAAUCUUCUUCAACAUUUGUGCCAGUGUCCCCACGCAAGCGUUUAGCAUAUUCCUACCUCUUGUCCUACAGGGUUUGGGGUUCGAAAGUAUCCACGCAAACCUUAUGACAGUGCCGCCCUACGUCUGCGGCGCCGUUGGCUUAUACAUCUUCGCUUUGAGUUCAGAUCAUCGACACGAACGUGGGUGGCAUAUCGUAGCAAGCAUUGCUAUUGGAAUCAUCGGGCUGAUUCUCACUGUCACUGUCAAGGCGAGCGGAGGCAAAUAUGCUGGUCUCUGCAUUUUGCUUUUUGGAUGUUACGUGUCCGCUCCUUUGACUGUGGCAUGGCUAAGCGGGAACACACCUGAACCGGGAAAACGUACGCUGAUCCUCGGUGCGAACGGAUUUGGCAAUCUCGCCGGUAUCAUCGGUGCGCAGAUUUUUGGUGCCAAGUUUGGCCCUUCUUACACAACAUCGUUCUAUAUUACUCUCGGCAUUGCCAUCGUUGCCCUUUUAGGCUAUACAGGUUACCGAUUUGCUCUUGCAGCUGCGAAUCGAUACAAGAAAGGCAAGAUGGCCCAAAUGACCUCGGAGGAAUUGGAGCGUGAAAGAACAGAUCACAUUCGAUAUGGCGACCGCAAGUACACCUUCAUUUAUGGAUUGUGA